AGAUUAUUUUUAGAGAGUGGGGGAAAACAAAUUGCGCAGUUACUUUACGCAUCAGCUGUUUCAACUGUAAACAUUUUCAAGUUUUCAACAUUUUAAAAUUCUCCGAGGAAAUUUGUAUUUAUAUUUAAAAAAAUAAUUGUUCCGAGUUUUGGAGGAAAGUAAACCAAGUAAACACGCGCAUUGUUAAAGGAAUGUAAAUUUCUUUGAUUUUUUAAAUAAAAUAAGCAGCUUAUUUAAUCGUUAAAACAAUUAGUUUAUACUGAAUUCAGCAAAUAAUUGAAAAAUGGCAGAAGAAGCUGAACAAGUACCGGCAAUUAAUGUUAAAGAACCUCUAGAUUUGAUCAGAUUGAGCCUUGAUGAACGAAUUUAUGUUAAAAUGCGAAAUGAAAGAGAACUUCGUGGUCGCUUACACGCUUACGAUCAACAUUUAAACAUGGUCCUUGGAGAAGUUGAGGAAACUGUAACAACAGUGGAAAUUGACGAGGAAACCUACGAAGAAGUUUAUCGUACAACAAAGCGAAACAUUCCGAUGUUAUUUGUCAGAGGUGACGGCGUUAUUCUUGUUUCUCCUCCCAGUAUGCGACCGACGGCUUAACUACAUUUUCGAACAAUUUGUACUUUAAGGUCGGUUCCUUUUUUACGAUUUUUCCCGUAUUAUGUACUUGACUAAAGUAUUUUUUCAACUUUUCAAAUA